CCGUGGCGUGUGGCAGUUGAAUCAAGUACGGCGAGGACAGUGCACGUGCUGGCGCUUGAUUUUGUAGAUCCCAAAUAUUACGUAUACGUCGUGUGAGCCAUCCAUUGAGUGGGGCAACGGUUCGUUUGUGUGCGUCUCGGUGUGCUGAAUGCUCGUUAAUUGUGCGCUUGACUCUUUGGCUUUGAAUCGAAACGACCGACACUGAAUGCGAAUUAUAAACGAUUUCCGGAUCGGCCGAAUGGUCUAAGCCGCUUACAAUACUCCCCAGUGGCUGCUGCUGUUGUUGUCGUUGCUCCCGCUCCUCUAUUGGCUGCUUUUGCCGCGUUUGCUUCUCGUUCAUCAAUAAAUUAUGAUUUCCUAAUACCAAUUGACAGCAAUGGGAGCUUUGGGGAAGCAUGAAUAAAAUAUCAAAAGCAUUUUGUGCCCCACAGUUUCCACUACAAAACAUUGCCGCCGCUCCCCGAUCUGCCCCAUUGCCCCAUUGCCCCAUCAGCUAUAAUCAGCGAAUGAGCAAAAGCAAUUCUCUGAGGCGGCCAGGCCUCUGUGUGCAGGGAAAUACCCACUCACGAGUGUGUGUGUAUCGCAUCCCUUUUUGCAUUUAUUAAGUAUUCAGCGUUUAUGCGCAUUCGUGCGCCAAACAACAAGGAUAAUAAUAAUAAGAAGAAGAAAAGAAACACACAAAGACACACAAAAUUCGUUUCGUUUGUCUUCCUUCUUUUUUGGCUGUUCCCGUCGUUUGAUGUUGCUUUUUCGGUUCUGUACAGACUCCAAAGCCAAACAAUUCCCCCCUCCAUGUACAUAUAUUGACAGUGUGGCCGUGGCCGCAGUUCUUUUACACUUACAAGCCCCACUCUCCCUCUCUCUACCUCCCUCCCUCCCUCCCUCCCUGACUCUCUAUCACUCUCUCCAUGCCCCAUCGCCAGCUUAGCGAGUCAUGUUUACUUAAUGGAUACGCAAGGCAACUAUUAAGUGCUACCCCAGCUUCCCUUUCAGCGAGGGGAACCAACGCUUCUUAUUUAUUAUCGUAGCUCUCCCAUCGCUGUUCUGGCCUUUGCCAGAGAUAUUAUACCCAAUAUUACCUAGCCUAGUGGCAUUUUACAGUUGACCAAAUUAGCUGUAUUUGUAUUUUGGCCUAGAGUGCAGCUGCCAACAGCUGGCGCAAUAUCCGUAGACAAAAAUUUAAGUUGAAAGCCACAAAAAGAAUUCAGAAGAUGGUUGGCACUUCGCUUUAAAGUAAAACUAUGAAGGAGCUAAAGUUUUGUAGUCUGAAGACUUUUAUCCCAUGGCAGAUGCAUGAUAUAGUGAUCCGAUUUUAGUGGUCCCCCACUGCCUGUGGCCGAUGCCUUUCCUUAAGUAUCCUCUGCAAGAGUAUUAGUAACGGCACUCACACUCAGCUGUCGCCUGGCCAGUCAUUAACUGUACUUAUUGUCACACCUGCACACAGACAUUAACACAGACACAACCGAGGGCAUUGAGAGCAUCUCCUGCUGUUUCGGGGCACAGGCACAUUAGCGGAGGCAGCUGCAGAGGACCCCAAAAUAACACUUAAUCUGAAUUAGCUUCAAAGAUUCGAAUUAGCCUGGAGAUUCGGCCGUCCCCAGGGGGACCGCAGGCAGAAAUGUCCCACAGAUUCGUACAGAAAUCAUUUGCAUGUAAUUGCGAGUGGGUCGCCGUAUCUUUCGACCAUUUCCGAACCCUUUUCCAGGUGCUAAACACCAAAAAGCAACAAAAAAGAAUCUGUCUCUCCCGAGCUGUCUCCUUUCUAUCUGUCUCUUUGUCCUCUCUCUUAUCUGCCCCUCUAGCCACUCUCCCUAUCUAUCAGCAAUAGCGUUUCUUUCUUUUUAAUUUGUAUGCGCACUUUUGCUGCUGCAGGACAGAGAGGAAGCAACAACAACAACAGCAGCAGCAGCAGCAGCAGCAGCGAAACCAGCGACACCAAAGGCGAGAGAAGCAAAAGCCGAAAAGAGAAUUAAGAAAGUUGAAGAGCGAGUACGAGCAAGAGACACCGCCAGCGGGCGGUCCAACGGUAACUUAACUUCAUUUACGUCUGAAAACGCAGUUGAAAUAAACGACUUCACGACGCUGGCGGAUUUUCUAAAAAAUUUCCAAUCCCUGUGGCUAACGAGCUGGCUCAGCUCCGGCAGCGGGAGGAGGCAGAAGAGCAGCAGCGGUGGCGAGGAUAAACGCUCCGUCAACGUUUACACGCUCCAGCAGCCGCAUAAAUUUCCGCUUCAAUUGGACGUGUACAGCGGUGGUAAUUGUAGCUUGGAUUGCCACCACCAGCAGCAGCGGGAGCUGGACGGGAUCCAUCAUCCUUCACAGAAAUCAACACUUUCCGCCUCUGCCCAGAAACCGCUGCCCGGACGCCAGCUGUCGCAGAGCUGUGACGGCGCAGCAGCAGCAGCAGCAGAAACCAAAUUUAUUGAAAGUUCAAUGUCCCAAACAAUGGACGACAUGGUCUAUCAGUGCAGCAAUCAGAACUCCUCCAUUUAUGUGCUUAAUGCCAGCUAUAAUGCAUAUGGGGACUUGGGCACAUAUGCGGCAACAAAGCGUGAAAUAAAUGGCAGCCAGGGCCGAGCAGCGGGUGGAGCGCCAGCGAAUCCAAUUGAGGCAACUUGCUCCACGAGUGCUGCGGGUGUGGGUGUGCAGCAUAAAUUCAAAACUUUUGGCAGUGCCACAACAGCGGCAGGGAGAACGGCCACGAGAACGGGAGCUGGUGGAGGAUGCGCUUCAAACUACGUAAAUCCUGUCGCUACAUCAAUGUCAACCACAAUGUGUUCACCGGCAGCAACGGCCCUGCAAAAACUGUUCAAUUGCAGUGUCGGCAAUGCCUGCCAAAAUGUCACCCACACUCACAACAACAUCCACAACAACAACACUAUCCACGAGAGCGGCCAUAACAAUGGCUGCCUGUCAGCAACUGGAGAAAGCCUGUGCGAAUUCGCGCUCGGUAGCACAUCGGUAGCGUUGGCGGUGGCAAGUGCAAGUGGUGUAUGCCCCCCAGCAGGUGCUCACCCCACAGCCACCCAGCCGCUGCUGGCCAAGAAGAAAUGCACCAAUGUCAAAUCAACGCUUAUUGCCAAGAAGACAAAGUUUCUCAAAUUUCUCGAAGAAGAAAAAUGGCGGAGCGCUGCGGCAGCAGCCGCCCCAGUAGCGGAGGAUGACGGAGGAGAAGACAUCGGCAAUGAGGCGGAGCCCAGCUCAGCGGCCAGCACGUCGACAGCAUCAUCAUUUGUGGGCCACUCAGGCGUGCAAGGGCGGAACAACAAUGGCAGGCACUUGAAAAAUCAGAGCAACAGUCAGGAAGCUGGACCAGCCCCAACCAGAGCUGGAGGCGGAGGUGGAACUGGGACCGGGGCUGGGGCUGGGGCCCGCCAGCAGAAUAAAUUGAACAAUUGGAGCAUGCAUAAUGAGGACAACAACAAACUGACCAACUACCCGCAGCUGGAGCAGCAGGAGCAGGGGGAGAAGCAAAAGCAGCAGCAACAUCAGAGUUCCAUGAAGGAGCAAACGCAAGCCAAAUCAAGUUACGAACUGUACCAAGAGGCAGCCGACAUUUUGGGCCUCAGUUGCAGCCUCUGUGAUAACUGCCGCUGCCUGGACUGUCAGAGCGGCUACUUUGAUUGCGAUGACGACGACGAGAGCUACUCGGAGCAGUCGCUGAUGGACGAUGAGUACGAGGACUACGACUACAGCGUGGAGGAGCUGCAGAUGCUGUUUGCCAGGGAACAUCAAUUGCGACAGGGGCCCGAGCAGACAUUGUGCUAUGCAGUGGACUGCCAGCAGAACUGCCACCUGCCCCAGAACGAAUCCCCAGGCACACCAGCAGCCCACCCAGAGCCAGAGUCCGUCGGGGUGUCCGGACACCAUCGUGUGGCCAUCGAUUUUGAUUUAAUUAACGCCACUUGCAGCCAAGUGUUGCAAAAUUGUGAAACAUUCAACGAUUUGAGUUUGCUGGAUGCCGCCGGGACCGAGCGUCCGUUUACGUAAAUUCAGGUGAGAGUGGGGCCAGCAUGCGGACGUAUUUUUGGGGGAAUUUUGUGAAUUUCGUAGAGCUAUUCCGGGUAUGAUAAGCGCAUCCUUUGACAUGUGAACACAUGAACGGGUGGGUUGUCAAAGCGUUGACAACCUUCCUUUCAUCUGGUAUUUUCAAAGAGCUUGGUCCAACUGCCACCUGCCAAACAGUAACCAGAGAUCCUUCCAAGAACCCUACCGACUCCUACUAGGGGCUUAAAUCCGUUCUUUAAUAACAAUUUCUGAUUGUUAAGAGUUGAGGGGACCCCUCGAAGCGAAAGGAGAGUGAAAUAUGGUUGGCUUUUAUGCAAAAAUGAGCAAAUUGCAUUUUAUAGUCGUAUACGAGUAUCCCCAAAAAGGAAACAACAAAUGGAAAGAACUGAAAAUUCAGCUGAGUUGGCAGAGCUCAGUGGGGCAUGGAAGCGGGCAUUUGGGGCUGUGGGAGUGGCACGUACCGGAUUUGGUUUUGCGAACUGCCACCGCAACAGUGGCAAUGGUCGGUACUUGGUCAGUUUAUUGCAUUUAGUCAAGCUUAGUUGUUGUUUUCAUGGACGAUUGUUGCCAACAAAUGAAAGCCGCCAGGGGCUGACGGCGGAGAGGACGGCAAAUUUGAUUUUCCCGCAAAAACAGGCUGCAGGAAAUUUCACAUUUUCACAUAUUUGUUGAGGGCUCAAAGCAAUAUGCAAAACAUGCACUUUCUGUUAGUCUUUCAUCACUUUUUUUCUGAGAAUGCUUGACGCCGCUCUCGCCGGCCUACAGUCCAAAGUGGAAGAGCGAGGGCAAAGGCAUAGCAAAAUAGCAAACUGGAUAAACGGCCAACGGUGAAAGCAACUUGAAUCGAAUUACAUUUAGAAAAUUAAAUUUAAAGAGCUGGCGGCAACCAAAUCCCUGGGCAAGUGAAUAAUGACUGCUACAAGCGGAGGCAAUAAAGAGGCUGCUCGUCCGCACGCUGAGCCUUCCACCGCCUAAGCCCCUCGAGGCCGACACGGCUGCUGCGUAUGAGAGGCUCCGAUAGAGCCUCUCUGUGUAUAUGUGUGGCUGUGUGUGUGAGAGUGUGCCAAGUGCAUUCGCCGUUGUUCAACCAUCCAGCAGCAGCGCGAGCUCAGCGGCUGCUCAUGUUCUUGCUCUCCUUCUCCCACUGCUGGCCAGCUGCCAGGCCCACACACACUAAAUUCCGUUCGGAGAGACAAUGCACUAAAGAAGAUUCCAAAACAGCGAAAGGGCGAAAAAUAGCUGUCCUCCCCUCUAUUCUCGCAGUCUGCUUUUGACUGUAUGCUACUUAUGCAAGCCCUGGCCGCAGGGUCGCUUUAUUGAAAAAUCAUUUUACCUUAGAUUCUCGCAUGGCCAAUUGAGCACAUUACACACACACACAGAAACACACUCGAAUGCGCAUUUGGACAGAGGCAGCAGCUCCAGCAAAUGGUAUUUUACGCAACGACUGCAGGAGCUGGGCUGGUUUGCGCCUGUGUGUGCUUUUUCGAUUUAACGGACGGGCAGUGGCCACAAAUUGAUUGCAAAAGUUAGUUUCGUAAAUCGCUCAAUGAAAGCCAGCCAAAUGCCAUCAUUGAGCAGUCGCGCGAGUGACAUGCAGCGAGACGGAAAACGAUCGAGUAAGAGGAUCCGUUACUCUCCUAUUCCGUUUGUAAUUUUAAACUGAGAGCGAACCACUCAGUGAGCGAACAGCGAGCAAAACCAUUUAUUACUUAUCCGUUACCUAUUCUGCUUGCCGUUUUCACUCAAUAAGCAAAGUUGAGCGAAAGUAAAUUUACAAAUAUGGAACAAAUUAAUGAUUGCUGCAGCAUUACAAUUUCCAUUCAAUAUCAUCAUUGAGUAUGCAAAGCUUAAGUGCUGCUGACCACUGUGCAGCUGCAAGUCCAAAUGCAAUAAUUCCCAUUAAGUUCCAAACCGCGCCACGCCCACAAGCUCCGCCUCCGCCCUCCACUGCCUAAUGAUGCUUGAUUUAAUUAAUGCCGCAUUACCUACGUGGCCAGAACGGGAGCAACCAGUCCGUAAUGUACCGCACCGCGCCGUACCCGUUUAGGCCCGAGGAUUGGGAGCACUGCCAGGGCCGGAUGGCAAUUGGAAACUGUUAACGUCUGCUGAGGGUGAGGAAAGGAGUAGCAGGGGGAGGAACCACAUUGCCAUUUGCUGAUGAUGAUAAUUUAUUGCCCCGAAGGGUUUGCAAGGCUAACCACUCUUACUCGCUCUCUCGUUCUGCCUCGUUCUGGCUCUGUGCGACUCCUUAGAGGAAACGAUUUCCGCUUUUGGGCCGCCCCGGGCGUGGGCAAAUAUUUGCAGUGGCUUUCUAUUCGUAUUUCCCCAGCCAGAGCAAACAAAUUGUUAACAAUAUUUAUUGUUUGUUCGAUGUUCGUCCGCUGGAUCGUUCUGCGGCUGUUGACAAUGAUGAAAUGGCAUCUUAUGGCCCCGUUCCGUCCCAGACUGAGCCACGCCCACUCCGUUGGCAAAAUCAGCGCAUGUUACUUGACCAAAGGAAGAGAUUCUGACCAAGACAAGAGCGGAAGACCGUCUGGGUGUGCAGCACUCUGGGUCACAGCCAUCGGACGGCGUCAAUGCUCAUUUCCGUCGACAUAUUUUCAUUUCCUUUUGGCUUUUUGAUUCGUUUUCUGUUUUCGCUGUUUGUCCCAUGGAUUACCAGCUGGCAAGUCCACACCCAAACCCGAAGCCCACGCCAACGGCAUCCGCCCACCGCCCAGCGUGAAUUGUAAUUCAUUAAACUUUUAUUGUACAACAUUUUCCGCCGGGGCUGCCCCUCUCUUCCUGCUUCGCAGACCGACCAGCACUUUGGCUUUGAGUCCUACUUCAAUUUUAAUUCGAAGCUGAGGCAGGAAGAACCCAUUUAUGGCCCAUGUACAUACGAAACUUUUGGCAACAUUUAAAAAAUACACAAAAAUCAUAAUUAAACUUUUCAAUAGAAUCUCCAUAAACAGGGCACCCGAAAGCAAACAGACGGCAUUCGGUCGCUGCUAAUUAUAAAUUAUGUAUAAUUUUCCAGAUCCUUUGUUGCCAAAAAUAAUCUUAAUGAAAUCAUUCAAACAAAACUUCGGGCCAUCCUUAUCAGUCAGUGGUGGGUGUGCUAGGGGGCCGUUCUUCUGCCUGGCGGCAAUUAAUUUUGCUCAACAUUCAUGGACGAAAUGAGGCACGUUUCGAUAAUGAAAGCCGCAACAGACACGCCCCUCCUCGCCUCCAACCGACACGCCCCUACUAAUUGUGCCAACAACUUGAUUCCAGCUGAGCAGCUGCCACCGUCUCCUGCAGUCUCCUUUUUCAUUCAUGCUCGUAUCCGGCACCACAUAAAAGUAGAGCCAAAAAAAUAUGCAUGUGUGUAUGUGUAUGCUCGUGGCGCCCCAAAAAGUAGGCUAUCUAAUUGUUAAGGCAUCAAGAAAAUGCCACAAAUUUUGGAGUGAAGUGGCAGAAUGGAGGCCGCCCGCACCCGGCCACAUAUUUGGACAGUGGGAAAUCAAGCACUGCUCUGCUUCUACUGCAGUUUCAUAAAUUUGAAUUUCAAAUUAAACACACAGCCACACGACCAUAGAAGAAAGACUCACGACCCUUAUAUCAGAACUUUUGAGAGAAAGUUUUCGCCUUAAACAAUUCUAUAAAUUUAAGGGAAUAUUAGGGUAUUUCAGGCAUAUCUCAUAACAACCUGUUAACAGAACAACCUACUACUUAGAUGCUAUACUUACUUACGUAUUUACGUACAUUUAAAGCAGACAGUUCCUUCUGCUUCCUGCACUCAAUAUACCCCAUGUUCGGCUCGUUAACAGGGCAGUGAAAAGCAAAGUUUUCUCUCAAUUCUCAAAAGUUGGAAAGUUCCAUCCUUAUGCAAAUUGAUUUGUGUCGUGUGUUUCUGCAACAUUUUCCCCAAAAAUGUAUCAUGUGGUUUGGUUCUUUGUCUGUGAGAUUCAUUCGUAGGUAUUUAUUUGAUUAAGGCUUUAUAUGUUUGACAUUUUAGUUUACGUUGUAAACGCAAAAUCAACACAAAACUAUUAACAAGAAAUAGUCGGAUAAAUUAAUUAAAAUGUCAGCUUGGAUUUAUCUUUCUCUUUGCCAAAAGCGAUUCCGAAAUGUGCAAAACUUGACAAAAGUCCCCUCCUGCCCGGCUGCCCUUCUGUGGGAUAGACUCCGGGGACGAGGCAAGGUCUCCUAGGCGGCACUUACAGAGCCGCACAAAGCAUAUCUAUGAAUUUUUUAUGAGUCCUGCCCAGGAGUGGGGCUUGGACAACAUUCCCAUUUGAAUAUAUGUGCAUAAAAAUUAAAAUUAAAAUUCAGAGUGUGUGAUUUUUUUAUGGCAGAGCGAUUCAGAUUGCAUAUGCAACCAACCAUUUCCUUAUCCAUACACCCACACAUGUAUAUAUAAUUUCUACCCACAUAAAUAAAUAAUAAGAGUUUCGUUCCCAUAUUUGAACAGGAAACGCAAUCGAAAUCGAACGCCACAGCUAAUUAAAUGUCGAAAAAUGAACAAAAACCUUUCAUUUCCACUGACACCUUUUACAGUGGCUGCCAAUUGUAUGCGCAUGGACACCGUGGGGUGUUUGCAUUUCAUUUAAUUUCUUAUUUUGAUUUCAAUUAAGUUCCGACAUGCCGACAGUAAAAAAGUAUACCAAUAAAAUUAAUGGCAUACAUGAUGUAUAUGGACAUACAUACAAAUAUACAUAUAUAUAUAUGUAUAUAUAUAUAUAUGUUUAUGCAAACUGUGUGCGCGAUGAUAAUUUGCAGAUGAUACGAAAACUAAAUAAAUGUAUAGCAAACAAGUAAAAUUAUAUUGCCGUAAAUUAAAAAAAAACAGUGGAUAAUGGAAACGAUUUUGUUAUUAUCAGUAAAUGAAUAAAUAUAUAGUAUAUCAAUUGUGCCAAUUUCAACAUUAUGAGAGAAUGCAUUGCAUAAAAAUAAUAAUGGACAAACCAAAAACAAAAACUCUUUGCUAAUUCAAUAAAAUAUAUAUGUAUGCAGAUCUGUGUAGAGAUAUAUAUGCAGAAACUUGAUGUUGGUAGUUUUUAAGUAUUUAAGAAUUUUUGUGUGAUGAUUUUGAUUAUUCGUUCAAUUGAUUUCAAAUCAAAGUAAACCCAUUCGAAAUAUAUAUGUUGGAAA